UCGCCACAUUUUAAUCUUAUUUCAUCCUUGCUCCAGCCUAGACCUCGUAAAAAAAUUCUUGUAGACAUUAUAUUUCCUAAAAAUCAUGAAUCUACACGUUUUCAUAAUCGCAUUGUUGAUUCCAUUCACCACCCAGCAGCGGACCAGGGCCACAACGACAACGUCCACCGAAUUGCCAACUGGUGGAAUUGAAGCUAAAUGCAGUGGGAACUGGUGCACAACGCCUCGGCCUUGCACAGGGUUCGGGUGUCCACCAACAACAACGGAGAAAGCAUAUCCGAUCCCACCCACCCCACUUAUCAACCGGGCUUUGGUGGCAUUUAAUGUGGGGAACGACAUUAGUGGGAUAUAUGGUUAUCUUGAACUUGCCCAAGAUACGCAAUAUGCUCCUGUUCGCAUUAAUGGAACACUACAUGGACUUUUACCGAGUAAGCGCCUCGGAUUUCAUAUCCAUCAAUCUGGAGACAUUCGGGAAGGUUGUAGCUCAACUGGCAACCAUUUCAAUUUUGGACCUCUCGUGAACCAUGGUAUUCCGGGAAACAUGGUACGACACGUUGGAGAUCUUGGAAAUAUUCAAACGAACUCGUACGGAAUCGCGACCAUCUCCAUGUCAGACUCGAUGAUUUCUUUGAAUGGAGAAAGGUCCGUUGUUGGAAGGACUUUUGUGAUUCACGAGAAGGAAGAUGAUGCAGGAAGGGGUGUGGAUCAAGAGUCGAGAGUGAGUGGCAAUAGCGGAAUGAGAAUGGCAUGCGGCAUUGUAGGAAUUCUGGGAACAGUGCAGGCACCUUAUUAAAAGAUCUAUGAUAAGUUAGUCGAAUGUAUGUAGUGGAAAUUACAGCAAUUACUUAUUGUUACUACACACAUACAUGGCUGUAGAAUUGAAAAAUAAACAAGUUUAAAAUAUG